AUGGUUUCACAGUUGUGUGUGUGUGUGUGUGUGUGGUGGCCCCUUUGGGGUCAUCAGGCUGCGAUUUUACAACAGACGGCUGAAUAUAUCUAUCAGUUGGAACAAGAAAAGACUAGACUGCUCUCACAGAACUGCCAGCUUAAACGUUUGGUUAACCAGCAAGAGGGAGAAAAUGGGGGUUCGGCUCCGGGGGGACUCGUUGGGAAAAAGAGAAAAAUCGAAUCCGCCGCAGCCAUCGUGUGCGAGAGCUCAGAUGAAGGGAUCGGUUCCAUGUCGCCCGAACCCGCUUCGGGGAAUCCCCUGUUGACUGCCAACACGACAAACACGAUAACUAUCGAAGCAAACGAUUCAGAAAGUGAAAUGUUGAGGAGAGAUAUUAUCGAUUUGAGACUGCAAUUGGAUCGAGAGAGAAGACUAAGGAUGCAUCUUGAAGAGAAGCUGAGGACUGUCGAAUCACAGAUGUAUCCGAGUGAUAGACUGAGGGAUUUGGCUCAACACGUUCAAUUGACGUAUCAGUCGCACGAUGGUAUACAAGUAAUUGAACACAGUGGGAAUCACGUGGGUGGUGGCGGCGGCGGCGGAAGUCAGCAAACUGUGGUGGAAGAGACUGUCGUGGAAGAAAUGGAGGUACCACUUCCGCUCAACGAAACGGAAGAAAUAAUUCAGUCGCCGGUCAACGUGAGCGAUUUACUCUCGUCAGCGGUUUUGCCUCCUGUCGUUCAAACCCAAACAGUAUCAACAACUCCGGAUGAAUUAACGUCUCAUAUGCGGUGCAAGAAAGAACCCAUGGAAGAGAAAUCGAAUUCCGAAUCUCAGUCGCCGCCCCCCAUGAAAUUGGUGUUGAGAUUGCCUAGUGUGAUAGAAGCGGCUAUAAAAGCUGAGCCCAAGGUCGAGGUUGAAAGACUGCCCACUCCUUCAGGGUCGGGGGAUGAUUGCGUACCUCCGUCUAUUACAUCGCGACAAAGUUUGGAGACUAUAGUGGAAGCAAUCAGGCAUUUAGAGGGUGAUGAUUUGUUUAACGAUAUUCCUUCACCACCUGGUCAUCACAGGUCACAACAACAAGUAUUGGAGGAACCAAUACAGGAAGUUCCUUUAGCACUAACAACCAAACACCAAACUCCUCAGAGGCUAAUUAAGGUCGACAUGAAUCCGUUUCUUAAAUUCCACACAACCCAGUCACUCAGUCACACGACGGCGGCGGCUCUUCAGCAACAGCGUCCGGGAGUCAUAGUCGUCAAACACUCGUGA